UUCAGUGGUCUUUUAAACGAUUUAUCUCUCAGACAUAUAAGAAUUGGUGUAUCAAAGUAUAGUGAUUGUGCGUUACGAUCGAUAUAUUAUACAAUAAGAUUCUAAUUUUCAACGAUAAAGUCAACUCUUUCUUGAAUAUUUUUUUUUUUCUUUCAAAAUGUCGACUUCGGUGACGAUCGUUGCGUAACAUUGUACCAAGGUUUUAUACCUUUUCUUUUUCGUAUCAAACAAAACAAUAAAAUUUACACGCGAAAGAAUACCGUGCACAUUUGGAGUAAUUUUAAGAAGAAGAGAAGAUAAAAAUAAAAACAAAAACGGAGAAAAAUAAAUCAAAAGUGUUGAUAUAAAAAGAAGAAGAAGAAGAAGAAACAGAAAAAGAUCUAAUUUUAGUGAUACGAAAUAAAUGGUGUACCAUAUAAAAGUGUAUGAGAACUAUCGUAAUAGAGAUCAAUAUUAUUGGAAAUUUUCAUCGUUCGUUCUCUCUCAUGAUUACUAUAACAUUCGUGGAAUUUAAUCGACAUCUGCCUUCUAUAAAGAAAAGAGAGAGAAAGAGAGAGAGAGAAACAAAAAUUAUUCUUUAAUUAAGAAUAAGAGACGGGAGAAUAUUAUUUUUCUUCAUUAAUUCUUCUUCUGCAUUAUUAUCGAAAUAUGCCUGGAAUCGUAAACACGAUUUUUGAAGAGAGUAACGAGGUAGAGAAUCUAGAAAAUGGCAGCAAAAAUAUGAAACCUUGCGAGAAAGAAGAGGAGGACAAUGAAUCCCGAAAGAAAUUUGACUUACUCGUGAUGAUGCGUAAUGCCAUGGAGGCGUACUUUUCAAAACAUCGAAGAAUCUUCAAGUUUCUAGGCUUGAUACUGUUAAAUAGUCUCGUAGUGGUCUACUUUGUCUUUGCCACCAACUAUUGGGUCAAAACCAAAGAAUCAAACGAUUGUGGUUAUUGUUGGUGUACCGGUUAUGGAAUGCUCUUGUUACUCCUGUGUUUUAUUUAUGGCGGAUUAUUUUAUUACUUGAUAGUUAAACGAUAUUUUGGCAAAUUUAUUCUCCCCUUAUUCCGACCGGUUGAAAGAGGCAUAACAAGACUGCAGAAAACAAGGUUCGGAUCUCGGAUAUUCGGAACAGUGAUAUACGUGAUAAUACUCAUAGCCAUCGUUGUUUUUCUCAUCUUCGAUACGAUACAUUCGACGGAAAGACUGAUCAGUGGCCUUGGUGUUAUAGUUCUAUUGCUUUUAGGAUGGCUAUUCUCAAAACAUCCGGCUCACAUCAAUUGGAGGCCAGUUUUGUCCGGCAUGAUAAUGCAAUUUUUAUUUGGUUUAUUGACCAUUCGUUGGACCGUUGGCCGAGCUAUUUUUGAAUGCAUUUCGAAUAAAAUUACUACUUUUAUGAAUUAUUCGAAAGAAGGUGAUGCAUUUAUUUUCUCAGAGGAACUCGUCGAAAAAGGAAUCUUUGCUUUUUCAGUUCUUCCGGUUAUCUUUUUCUUCAGUUCUUUUAUUCAAAUACUAUAUUACAUUGGAGUGAUGGGGUGGGUAGUUAUGAAAUUUGGAUGGGGUUUACAAUUUAUCAUGGGAACUACUAUAUGCGAAUCUUUGAACAGCGCAGCGAAUACGUUCAUUGGAAUGACGGAAUCCCUUUUAUUGAUAAAACCGUAUGUAAGUAAACUGACCUCUUCGGAAAUUCAUGCUAUUAUGUGUGCUGGCUUAGCCUCGGUUUCGGGUAGUGUUUUUGCCGCGUACGUCAAUUUUGGUGCUGAUCCGGCGCAUUUGUUGAUAGCAUCGGUAAUGUCAGCUCCGGCUGCACUCUGUUAUGCUAAAUUAUUUUAUCCCGAAACGCAGAAAAGUCUGACCAAUUUGGACAACAUUCAAUUGGAAAAAUCAGAUGACUCGGGAAUUAUGGAAGCUGCGAGUAACGGAGCACUGGCAGCAAUUCCUAUAAUACUUGGUAUAAUAGCUAAUAUGAUAGCUUUUAUAUCUGUCGUAGCCUUCAUCAAUGGUUUCCUCUUCUGGUUGGGUGAACUUUUGGGAUUUUCUAAUUGGACGUUUGAGUAUUUCUUAUCAAAGAUAUUUAUGCCAUUAAGUUGGAUCAUGGGUGUACCAUGGAAUGACUGUGAAAAAGUUGGAUAUUUAAUAGGAUUGAAGACUGUCGUUAAUGAAUUCAUCGCUUAUAAAGAACUUGGAAAAUACAAAAAAUUAAGUGAAAUUUCAAAAAGAUCGGAAACGAUCGCGACCUAUGCCAUUUGUGGAUUUUCUAAUCCCGCAGCAGUCGGUAUCAUGAUGGGUGCUUUAUGCAGUAUAGCACCAAAUAAAAAAAAACAGAUCGCUCCUGUUGCCAUCAGAGCAUUCCUCUCUGGUAGUGCCGUUUGUUUUCUCACAGCAUCGGUUGCCGGUAUGCUGAUAGAGGAUAAUAGUUUACCUCAUGCGAACGCGAACGAUGUGAUCUCAAAUUAUACUCUUGAAUAUUAAGAAGAAAUCUUCUUAUGCGACUUAAAGAUAGGCCAAAUUAUUUUGUCAUUUAUUCCCUCCAAUUAAAAGAAGGAUAUUGUAAAUAACUUUUGGAAACAUUUAUAAAUGAAAAACGACAGCGCAAUAAUGUGA